AUGGAAUACCUAAGCAGGAUACUUAAAGGGUUGAAGCAAGCUAAGGAAUACAAAUUUCAUCCAAGGUGUGGCAAGCUCAAUAUAACUCACCUCAGCUUUGCAGAUGAUCUACUGAUGUUUGCUAGAGGUGAUAGUAAAUCAGUCCAAACUUUACAUACUUGCUUCAAACAGUUUUCAGCAGCAUCUGGACUACUAGCCAAUCUCACUAAGAGUGCAAUCUAUUUUGGUGGAGUUGCACUGAAUGUAAAGGUGGAAAUUUUGCAGAAUACUGGCUAUUCACCUGGGGAUUUUCCUUUUAAAUACCUGGGAAUUACUUUAGAUACAAAAAAGUCAACAGCCCUACAAUGGCAACCACUGAUUGAGAAAACAGUUAUAAGGAUCUCCUCUUGUAUAACUCGAAAGUUGUCUUAUGCUGGUAGGGUACAACUAGUACAGACAAUGAUAUUUGAUAUUCAAUCUUAUUGGUCCCAAGUGUUCAUAUUGCCAGCUAAAGUGAUGAAAUCAAAUAAGUCCUAUAGUAGAAGCUAUAUAUGGUCAGGCACUAAUAUAAUUACAAAAAGAGCAUUGAUAGCAUGGGAAAAAUGUGUCUGCCUAAAUCAGCUGGAGGUUAUAACCUAUUGA